AUGGGUUGUCUCCGACGGUGGGAGGGACCAUCACAGCCCCACUGGUCAGCUACCGCCCGCCUCAAGCUGGGCAGCCCCCAGCCAGUAAGGAAAAAGACCGACAAGCAGACUGCAAACCCUGCACCAGGCAAAGACAGAAAAAGAAGACCACCAAUCUUGCGAUUAGCAAGCUGGAAUGUCAGGACAAUGUGUCCUGGCCUCUCCAGCGACCUACAACAGGUCAAUGACUCAAGAAAAACAGCCAUCAUCGACCGCGAGCUCACAAGGCUGAACAUUGACAUUGCUGCGCUGCAAGAACAGAACUACACGUUCUUCUGGCAGGGCAAGAAACCCGAGGAACCAAGAGUGCAUGGCGUUGGAUUCGCAGUGAAGAAUUCUCUGUUGUCCACUGUAGAACCACCAUCCACUGGUUCCGCCCGCAUCUUGUCUCUCCGCCUGUCAACCUUCUCAGGCCCAGCGAACAUCCUGAGCAUCUACGCUCCCACACUCUGCUCUUCAGCCGAGACCAAGGACCAGUUCUACGAGGAGCUUGACACCACCAUCAGAGACAUCCCUGCCAUGGAACAACUAUACCUGCUCGGCGACUUCAAUGCCCGAGUGGGUUCCGACCGUGACUCCUGGCCCAGCUGCAUCGGUCACUUCGGCAUCGGCAAGAUGAACGAAAAUGGACAGAGGCUUCUUGAGUUAUGCUCUUACCACGACCUAUGCAUAACCAACACAUUCUUUGCCACCAAGCCGCAUCGCCGAGUGUCCUGGCGGCAUCCCAGAUCUCGCCACUGGCACCAGCUGGAUCUCGUCAUCAUUCGGAGACCUUCACUGAACUGUGUUCUCACCACACGCAGCUAUCACAGUGCUGACUGCGACACUGACCACUCCAUGGUCGGCAGUAAAAUCCGUCUCCAACCCAAACGGAUCCACCAAUCUAAGCAGGAAGGUCGUCCCCGCAUUAACACCAGCAAGACGGCAAUCCCAGACCUGUGCGAGUGCUUCACCAAUUCCAUUGAGGAUGCCCUCAAAAACUGCCCUGGUGGCAACACUGAAGAGAGGUGGAGUCACAUCCGUGAUUUCAUCUACAACUCUGCAAUGGACACCUUCGGCAAGAGAGAGAGGCAGAACCCGGAUUGGUUCGAAGCCGGCAUUGCUGAACUAGAGCCAGCAAUUGAGGCCAAGAGAGCUGCCCUCAUUAAUCACAAGAGGGAGCCUUCUGUGAAGUCACUCGCUGCACUCAGGAAGGCCAGGAACGACGCCCAACGGAUCGUUCGGCGCUGCGCAAAUGACUACUGGAUCAACCUUUGUGAGAGUAUCCAGCUCUCUGAUGACUGUGGCAAUAUUCGUGGCAUGUAUGAAGGCAUGAAGAAGGCCUUCAGCCCAAGCAUAAACAAGAUCGCGCCCCUGAAAUCAACUGCCGGCGACAUCAUAACAGACCGCAGCAAGCAGAUGGAGAGAUGGGCUGAACACUACCAGGAGCUCUACUCAAGAGAGAACGUGGUCACAGCCGCAGCUGCCGAGAACACCGCCAGCCUCCCUGUCAUGGAGGAGCUAGACGCUCCACCCUCCGUAGAUGAACUGAGCAAGGCUAUCGACUCCCUAGCCUGCGGCAAAGCUCCAGGAAAAGAUGGCAUCCCACCUGAAGUCAUCAAGGUGGGAAAGAAGACUGCUCUCCUUCACCAUCUGCACCAGCUGCUGCAGCAGUGCUGGGAAGAAGGAACAGUGCCCCAAGAGAUGCGUGACGCCAACAUCGUCACUCUAUACAAGAACAAGGGCAACCGCAGGGACUGUAACAACUACCGUGGAAUAUCCCUCCUCAGCAUUGUUGGGAAGGCCUUCGCCCGUGUAGUCCUCAACAGACUGCAGUUGCUCACAGAGCGUGUAUACCCCGAGGCCCAGUGUGGGUUUAGAGCAGGAAGAUCAACCAUCGACAUGAUCUUCUCCCUACGACAGCUCCAGGAGAAAUGCCGCGAACAGAGGCGACCGCUUUACAUCGCAUUUAUUGACCUAACCAAGGCCUUCGACCUCGUCAGCAGGAACGGCCUUUUCACUCUGCUGCAGAAGAUUGGAUGCCCCCCCAAGCUCCUGAGGAUGAUAACGUCUUUCCAUGAAGACAUGCAGGGCACUGUACAGUAUGAUGGUUCCUCCUCGGACCCAUUUCCAAUCAAGAGCGGGGUGAAACAAGGGUGCGUACUCGCUCCGACACUCUUCGGAAUCUUCUUCUCUUUGCUGCUGUCCUACGCCUUCAGCCAGUCAGAGGACGGAGUGUACAUUCACACCAGAAGCGACGGCAGCCUCUUCAAACUUGCCCGCCUCCGAGCUAAGACCAAAGUGAGGCAGGUACUCAUACGUGAGAUGCUCUUCGCUGAUGAUGCAGUACUGACGGCACACUCUGAAGAAGCAUUGCAGCGACUCAUCAACUGCUUCGCGCAUGCAUGCAGAGAGUUUGGCUUGACCAUCAGCCUAAAGAAGACAAACAUCCUGGGCCAAGAUGUGAGCAGUACCCCAAGCACCACCAUUGGUGAUUACACCCUCGAGGUCGUCGAGGACUUUACGUACCUAGGCUCCACCAUUGCCAGCAACCUCUCCCUGGACGCCGAACUCAACAAGCGCAUCGGCAAGGCGGCAACUGCCACGGCUCGCCUGGCAAAGAGGGUCUGGGACAACAAGAAGCUGACCACCAACACCAAGAUGAAGGUGUACCAGGCCUGCGUGCUCAGCACGCUGCUCUACGGCAGCGAGUCUUGGACCCUCUACUCCCGCCAAGAGUGCAGGCUCAGUACCCUCCAUCUGCGCAACCUCAGGAGGAUCCUGGGAAUCACCUGGCAGGACCGCGUCCCAAACAAGAACGUCCUUGAUCAAGCAGGCAUCCCGAGCAUGUUCGUCCUGCUCACCCAGCGUCGGCUCCGGUGGCUUGGCCAUGUCAGGAGAAUGGACGAUGGGAGGAUCCCCAAAGACAUUCUGUUUGGCGAGCUCGCCACUGGCUCCAGACCUACAGGAAGACCUCUCCUACGCUUCAAGGAUGUCUGUAAGCGAGACAUGAGGGCAGGUGACAUCAGUGGCUGA